AUGGCGAACGACGAAUACGACUUCCUAUUCAAGGUUGUCCUUAUCGGAGACUCUGGUGUCGGUAAAUCCAAUCUCUUGAGUCGAUUUACUCGAAAUGAAUUCAACCUAGACUCAAAAUCGACCAUCGGUGUAGAGUUCGCAACACGAUCCAUUCAAGUGGAUGCAAAAACCAUCAAGGCGCAGAUAUGGGAUACCGCUGGACAGGAAAGAUAUCGUGCCAUUACAUCUGCUUAUUACAGAGGUGCUGUCGGAGCUCUUCUGGUUUACGAUAUUAGCAAACACCAAACCUACGAAAAUGUUACAAGAUGGUUGAAGGAGUUGAGGGAUCAUGCUGAUUCCAACAUUGUCAUCAUGUUGGUCGGAAACAAGAGUGAUUUAAGGCAUCUUAGAGCUGUACCCACGGAGGAGGCCAAACAAUUUGCGAGCGAAAACAACCUUUCCUUUAUUGAAACCUCAGCUCUCGAUGCUAGCAACGUUGAGCUUGCCUUUCAAAACAUCCUUACUGAAAUUUAUCGAAUUGUGUCCCAGAAAGCCCUCGAUAACGGUGAUUCUGCACAGGCCACUAUCGCAAGUGGUACAAAUAUUACUCUCACGCCUCCUCCUUCAGACGAGGCAGCAAAGGGAGGCGGAAAAUGUUGUUAA